AUGCAACAUCCACUGAGGUGGUCGAACGGCUAUCUGCCGAUCUAUGCAAGUGCAGACGGAAAGGAAGUUUUCCAUUUUACCAAGAAGAAGUUGGUCCCAUCCCGUGGGAAUACUACGAGCGUAAUUGCGGACGAAUCUUACAAGACGUUAUUUGAGCUCGUCUCGAGCAAUGAUCUCUGUAACUGGGGGUCAACCUACACGGAGUUCGAAGAUCCCAACCAGAAAGGCAAAACCCCCAAGCGAGAAUAUAAAAUGGACCCAAAAGCCCUUGGGAACGAUGUCUGGCGCUUUAACUUCCUUGAUGAUCGCUCAGGUGCCCGGCAAUACUACAAGUUCAAAAAAAACUUUACGAACCUAGGAGGCAAGAUUUAUAAGGUGGACGCAGGUACACCUGCCAAACUGGUUGGCCUCCCCAGAAAUCAAAAGCGAAGAGACGCCUGGUGGCAUACUACUCAAGAGGUCGAGACUUUUACUCUUUCCAUUGGUGAUGCCCCACUGGUUGAAUUGAUCACUUUGAUGGCCUUAGUCUUUGACAAAGCCUAUACUUGUUGA